CACGGCGCGGCGGCCGCCCGAGGCGUCGGAUCCCCGCGAGGACCCGCCCGCUGCCCCGCGCCCUUCUCUCGGCUUCCCGCCGCCGGCCCCGGCGGACGAUGUCCCACCAGCGCGUGCGGCGCGGCGGCUCCCCGACCCCCGCCGCCUCCCCCGGGGGAGGGGGCGCGGCGGCGGCGGGCGGCGGAGCGGGAGCGGGCGGCCGUCUCCAGCCCAUGCGGGCCACGGUGCCCUUCCAGCUCAAGCAGCAGCAGCAACAUGGCAGCCCCACGAGGAGCGGCGCCAGCGCCCCGGGCGGGGGUCUCGCGCGCGCGGCGGCCGCCUCGCGCAGCAUCAGCCCCACGCGCGCGGCGCCCGCCGGCGGGCGGGCCGGCCCCGCCGCGGCCACGCAGACGCCGGGGGGAGGCGGCAGCCCCACGCGCGGCGGCGGGGCCCGGGGCAGCCCCCCGCGGCCGCACCAGCUGCCGCCGCCGCCGCCGCCUCCCCCCCCGCCGCCGCCCCCGCCGGCCGCCUGCGGGCCCUCGCCGUGCUCCUCGCCGCUGCCGGAGGGCAGCUCCGCGGCGGGCAGGGUCCGGCACCCGCGGCGCUCCCCGGAGCGAGGCAGGAGCUCGCCGGAGAGAAAGAGUCCCGGCUCGCCGGGCCGCAAAGACAAAUCAAGGCCACCUUCAUCAAGCCCUUCCAGUAUUAUUCGCCGGACUUCCUCAUUGGAUACACUUGCGGCUCCCUACCUUGCUGGACAGUGGCCUCGUGAUAAUCAUGGACAAGCUGUUCCAUGUAUGAGAGACAAAGCCACACAGACUGAAAGUGCCUGGGCUGAAGAAUAUUUGGAAAAGAAGAGAAGCUCCCACAAACGUUCAGCAUCAUGGGGCAGCACAGAACAACUCAAGGAGAUUGCAAAAUUGCGUCAGCAGUUGCAGAGAAGCAAACAUAGCAGCAGACACCAUCGGGAUAAAGAAAGACACUCUCCUUUUCAUGGUAACCAUGCAGCCAUUAACCAUAGUCAGGCUCCAAUCCCGAAGAGUGCUCUUGUUCCUGUGAUACCUAUUGCCAAAUCAACGGGAUCACGAUUCCGAAACAGUGUAGAAGGACUAAAUCAAGAAAUUGAGAUAAUAAUUAAGGAGACUGGAGACAAAGAAGAACAGCUUGUUCCUCAAGAUAUUCCAGAUGGGCACCGAGCACCUCCUCCAUUGAUUCAGCGUAGCAGUAGUACUCGCAGCAUUGAUACCCAAACACCUGGUGGAGCAGAGAGGGGUAGUAACAACAGCAGCCGUUCCCAGUCAGUAUCUCCAACCUCGUUUCUUACCAUCUGUAAUGAGAGCAGUGAGGAAAGUCCUUGUUCAACGGAAGAUCUUAUUGAUUCCAGAGAUAAAGAGAAUGGGAAUAAUUCUCCCUUGCCAAAAUAUGCUACCUCACCAAAACCCAACAACAGCUACAUGUUCAAACGGGAACCACCAGAGGGCUGUGAAAAGGUGAAAGUCUUUGAGGAAAGCUUGCCAAAGCCAUUGCAUGAAAUUCCAGCCUUCUACUGUCCUGACAAAAACAAAGUGAAUUUCAUACCUAAAAGUGGCUCUGCUUUCUGCCUUGUCAGCAUCCUCAAGCCACUUCUUCCCACACAGGAUCUUACGUUGAAGGGCACUACACACAGCCUGACUGUCUCAUCUGGCAUGACACCCAGUUUGUUACAGCCCAUUUCUAUGGCUUCCUUGUCUGCGAACACAGAUCAAGACAGGAUCUCUCGUGGAACAAGUACAGUAAUACCACAGACCUCUAUACUCCAGCAAUCAGGACGUAUUGAGGAAGCUGAAGGAUAGAUCUCGUGUCUUGAUGUUUCUCUGGGCAACUACUGGGGAAAAAAAUUGGAACCAGUUGACUGGAUCUUUUUGAUGGCGCUAUUUGCAUUGUUUUAACAACUUAUAGCACUGUCAUAAUUGAACUGUUUGUAUAAUGACAGUUUGGUACCACAUUGAAAAAAUCAGGAUGAUGCAGCAGCUGAUGCUCUAUUGCACUUCCUGCUUAUGAAGACUUCAGUUCUGUUUACCACUUGCUUUUUUUUUUUUUUUUUGAAUACUGAUGAAAACUAGGACUGUUGUAGUCCUCUGCCAUUUACAGGACCAAUUGUUGUGAUACUGUGUGUCCUUUGACUGUUUCCCACUAAAAAAAAAUACUGAGACCAAUCAGCUGACCCCGUUUUACCAUGCAGCCUGCGGAGGGGACGGGAAAUCAAGUGGUUUUGCAAAAUGUCUUUUGUAUGAAAACAUGGAUUUUAUAACAAAGUCUUGCCUUUUCUGAUGUGUAGUGGGUAGUGUUUAAAAGACAUUUUUCUGGUGACAAUUCCUGCCUAUGUUCCCCCAUCACUUUUUUUUUUUUUUUUUUUUUUUACAG